AUGCGGUGCUUCGUGCUUCUCUCCGUCGUGACCCUUUUCCUUGUGGCGCGACCGGCCGAUGGCUUCCCUCCUAUUACCCAGUAUCGAGGCCUCUUCUGGCGGUUUCUGGACGCGAUACAAGACGGGCAGCAGUCUCGAUACAGUGCGAGCAUGUACAGUAGCGGAAACGGCGCCGAUUCCAAAGCUGCGUCCCCUUUCGGCAUGAGAGCCGUUCGAGACAACAAUCUCACAGGCAAUUUUGGAUCAGCUUACAGCGAGGCAGCAUCUGCUCUCGCGACAGCAACAAGCUAUCUAAGCGAUCACCCAACAAGACGAAAAACACAAGAGGACACUUUCACUCCCGGCUCUUGCUCCGACUACGAGGGAGCUGCCUAUAUCAAGGUCUAUACUGCAGACGACAUUGCGCGCCGCCUCAACUACCCGCGAAAGCGCACCGUCAUCUUGGAGCUAAAUAAGAACCUCGUUCUCGACAAGGGUCUGCUGUUCGACUCGCGCUACUCGUGCACUGUUCUGCGUUCCAACAACAUAACCGGAUCCGGUUUUAAGAUCUCUUAUUUCGGAGCGGAUCAGCCUGUAUUGCGGAUAUGGAACACCAGCAACGUGCUUGUACUGGGAGUGAGCUUUUCCCUCGGAGUUCGCACCUCGUCUCCCCAGUGCGUCGGUGUUCCCGAGAACGGCGUCGGGGUAAAUUGCCCUACAAUACACGUCUACAGGAGUUACGGGAUUCAGAUUGCUAAAGGAACAGUGUUCGGGCGCAUUGACUUGUUUCGAAGCAUGUCAUCACGCGUCGACUCCAUGCGCGUCACGGGAGUUCCCGUGUUCAACAAGUCUCCGGGCGUGAUUCGCGUCGCCAUGAGCGGCCAUGGGCCCACGCUGGAGAAGUCGUAUAUCGCGAUCACCAAUAACGAGGUCUACGGUGUCGACACCCCAAUCGUGCUGUACCAGGGCGCCAUCGGCGUGAUAGUGCGAAACAACUACGUGCACGACUUCAUAUUCGCGGGCAUCCGCUGCGGCGCGGACGUGCACUACGCCGCGGACUGCGUGCUCGCCACCAUCUCGUACAACAUCGUGGUGGCUGCUGGGACUAACAGAUCGGGGGAUCAAGAUGCUGCGGGCAUCUACUUCUGCACGCACUGGUUCAGCCCUGCGAACCUGGCGGAGUGCAACUACGUGUUCAACGGGGACCACUGCUACUACCUGGACUAUGUCACCUCGGGCGUGACGGUGAAUGGCGGGGCGUGUGUGGGCACCUAUGACGGUAUCAAGGUCAACAACGGCAAGUGGAACUCCAUAGACAACAUAAUCAUCAAGGACGUGGCAGGCAUGCCCGGCUGGUGCACCUGUUUCACACCCACCGUCAACAACUGCGCCAAACGCCCAGGCACCUACUGGGAAGCCAUGCGGAAGAAAUACUACGACACGCCACUGUUUCGCUCGCAAUGGCCCUGGUGGGAUAGCGUGUGCCAGGACCGGUCCAUUCGAGGCAAGCUGUGCAAUAUUGGCCGCAAAGGCACGCUUUCAGGGAGGGAGACUGGGUAUUGCAGCGGCCUUCCAACGGAUAAUUUUGUUCGGCUUAUAGUCGCUAACGGGACGCGUGAUAUGGGGUAUAAGUAUUGCGAGGUGCUGCCGACGGUGGAGGAGGGGACAUUCAACAAGCACCAGAUGGUGAACCUCACAGAUAUCCCCUCUGCAGCGUUCUUCGAUUACGCGCAGAAUGACUUUGGAGUGUACAAGCGCUCGUCGCUGCUCAAGAAUCUACCGAACUUUAAAGCCUGCCCGAGAUGGGCGGUUGGGCCAAGGAGAGUAGACGAGAAUUUCUAUCUGGCGAACUACAAUCACCCGGAGCCGCCCGCGUUCCAAUUGGUGAUUAACAUGCAGACGACGCAUAUCAUUGAUCGGGCGCUGCAGGCUUCGUUGAAAUGA